AUGAAGUCGACCGCACUGGUGGUGCUAACGGGGCUGGUGGCUUUUGCUGCCGGUUACGUUGUAGUUCCCGAAGGAAAAGUUACCGUUGCUGACAAGGAGUUCUUGAUGAAACAAAAACAACUGCUGGAAGUGUUUCAGCACGUUCAUCAACACGAAGUUCACACGGAGCUGUGGGAAGUUUCUAAGCAGUACAAUAUCGAGGAAUACUACGACCACUACACCAAUGUAGAGGCAGUGAAGGAAUUUGUCGAAAUAUACAAGCAUGGAAUGCUGCCAUUCGAUGAAAUAUUUAGUAUUGUGCACUACACUCACCGUAAACAAGUUAUGGCGUUGUUCCAUCUAUUCUACUACGCUAAGGAUUGGGACACUUUCUACAAAUCGCUGGUCUGGGCCCGUUUCCACGUGAAUGAAGGUAUGUUCGUGUAUGCCGUGACGGUUGCUGUUAUACAUCGUAAGGAUAUGGCUGGUUUGGAGCUACCUGCCCCGUAUGAAAUCUACCCAUACUACUUCUUCAACACUGACGUCAUCCAGAAGGCUGCCCAGUACAAGAUGCAAGGAUUCUACGGCAUGAAGAAGGUCGACGGUGUCUACACUGCCAUUAUUCCCACCAAUUAUACCGGCUGGUAUGUCCAUACGAAUGUUGACCAGAAGGUCUCCUACUACACCGAAGACAUCGGUCUGAAUACCUAUUACUACUACUUCCACUGUGACUAUCCUUUCUGGAUGGGUGGCAAACAGUACGGUCUGUACAAGGAUCGCCGUGGAGAACUAUUCCUCUUCACCCAUCAGCAGCUGCUCGCCCGGUAUUAUCUGGAACGUCUAUCGAACGAUCUCGGAGUGAUUCCGGAAUUCUCUUGGUAUCAACCCAUCUCAACGGGAUACUAUCCGAAUUUGCACUACUACAAUGGAAUUAGUUUCCCAUCGCGCGACAACUUCCACCAUGUGUACACCCCGGAAAAUUACUACGAAAUUGAUGAGCUGCUGGAUUACGAACAUCGCAUCAUGGAAGCUAUCGAUCAAGGUUACAUCGUUGAUCCGAAGGGUAAUCACGUCGAUCUAACUAAGCCAGAAUCCGUCGAAUAUCUCGGAAAUCUUAUUCAGCAAAACCCGGAUAGUGUGAACACUCGCUACUACAAAUAUGUCGGAACUAUCGCUCGUGUACUCUUGGGAGCUUCCGUUGAGCACUUCGAUGAUCAUAAGGUUAUUCCGGGUGUUCUGGAGCAUUACGAGACUUCCCUGCGUGAUCCAAUGUUCUACCAACUGUACAAACGUAUCAUUCACUGGUACUGGGAGUUCAAGCAGCACCUACCACAUUACGGGUAUGACGAAAUUAACUUCCCUGGAGUAAAGAUUGAGUCUGUUGAAGUUAACAAGCUGGUCACGUACUUCGAUCGGUUCGAUGCCGACAUCACCAACUCCGUCGAUGUGGAAGUCUUCGACGAAGUGACAAUGAAGAAAACUGACAUUAAGAAAUUCGGUAAGAUUGCCCACUAUCAGGGAGAAGACUUUAUCAUUAAAGCACGCCAAUGGCGUCUUAACCAUCUUCCAUUCACCGUCAAACUGAAUGUGGUUUCCGAUAAGGUUGUCAAGGGUGUUGUACGUGUUUAUCUGGGACCGAAAUACGACCAGUAUGGACAUGUCUACGGAGUGAACGAAAAUCGUGAAAACUUUGUCCUGUUGGAUGUAUUCCCGUGGGACUUUGUCGUCGGUAAGAACGUAAUCAGCCGAGAUUCGGUCAGCUUCUCGAUGUAUGUCCAGGACCGCACCACCUACUUCGAGCUGUACAAGUGGGUAAUGGCAGCGUAUAACGGCGAAAAGACAUUCCCGCUUGAUAUGACCGAAGCACACUGCGGACUGCCGUCCAGGCUGAUGCUGCCGAAGGGCAAGAAGGGCGGAAUGCCAUUCCAGCUGUACUUUAUCGUUUCACCAUACCACGCUCCAACCACUGUGCAGUACGAAAGUUACGACUGGACGCUGAACUGUGGCGUCGGAUCCGGAUCCCGUUGGGUUGAUUCGUUACCGUUCGGCUAUCCGUUUGAUCGGCCCAUUGACGAGAAGGUAUGGUUCACACCGAACAUGUACUACUACGAGACACUCAUCUUCCACAAAAACGAAAAGGAUAUCAACGUCGUGGUGUGA